GCGUGCCUUCUGCCAUGACGCACCAUAAAAACUGGCGCGCGUGCGAACUUCUCCCUGCGUGGCCGCCGCGUGCGCACGUCGCGUGAGAUCGAUCCCCCCCCCCCCCCCAUCCCUUCGUCCUCGCGUGCCCGUCAGCCGCGAGCCCCCUUCCUCUUCUUCUUGUUCUCCGUCCCGCUGUCACCGCUGAUGACGUCAUAGUUCCUCUGCGCACCGCGGCUCUCGGAGUGAAACUCUGCAGAAACAUCUGGAUCUGAACUUGGAGAACUUUGUCCAACAGCAGCGCGCGCUUUGCUGAGGAGAGAGAUGGAGAUCUAGCGGAUGCAUGGAGGAGAGCAGCCCGAGGAUGACCGGAGCACCGGAGCUUCCGGUCAACAUCUCCCCGGCAGUGGCUGCCCACGCAGAGGGAGAGGAGAUCGAGGUGUUGGAGAGCACCGAGGUCCUUCCAGAAGAAGCAUGGAAGCUUCUGUUUGAAAAGUACGACCCAGAAAAUACGGGCUGCAUCAGUGCGGAGCAGUUCAGGGACCUGCUCGCCACUCACGGCUCUGAACUGGACCCCCACAAACUGGAGGUGCUGCUGGCUCUGGCUGAUGGAAACGCCGAUGGAAAGAUCUGCUACCAGGACCUGGUCAACCUGAUGAGCAACAAACGCUCCAACAGUUUCCGGCGGGCCAUCCUGCAGGGCAGCCGGCAGCUGAAAGGCUGCAGCCUCAGAGAUGAGGUGGGUUUGGGUCUUUCCCAGCGGCUAGUUCGUCACGUCGCCUACGAAACGCUGCCCCGCGAAGUCGACCGCAAGUGGUACUUUGACAGCUACACGUACUGCCCCCCCCCCUGGUUCAUUCUGGCUAUCACCAUCGCAGAGGUAGCAGUCUUCAUGUUUUAUGGCAUCCAGCUGGAUCGCUUAGUCCUGCAGGUGUCCAGCCCGGCCUUCCUAAAGAGCCCACUACCCUACCACCCCCAGCUCCGAGCCCAGGCCUGGAGGUUCCUCAGCUACGUUUUCAUGCACACCGGGAUCGAACACCUGAGCCUGAACAUGGCCAUGCAGCUGCUGGUUGGAGUGCCUCUUGAAAUGGUCCAUGGGGCCCAGAGGAUCGGCCUGAUCUACGUCUGCGGGGUGCUGGCAGGAUCUCUGGCCGUGUCGGUCGCUGACAUGACGGCUCCGGUGGUGGGAUCAUCCGGUGGAGUCUACGCCCUGGUCUCAGCACAUUUGGCCAAUGUAGUAAUGAACUGGUCAGGAAUGAAGUGUCAGUUCAAGUUAUUCCGAAUGGCCAUGGCUCUGGUCUGCAUGAGCGUAGAGUUUGGCCGCGCUGUGUGGCUGCGGUUCUACCCUCCAGCCUUGCCCUCCUGCCCCAACCCCAGCUUUGUAGCUCACUUGGGGGGGGUCCUGGUGGGCCUGACCCUGGGGGUGGUGGUCCUGCAGAACUACGAGCAGCGGCUUCAGGAGCAGUCCCUGUUCUGGAUAUUUUUCUGCGUCUACACCUUGUUUGUGCUCUGUGCCGUCUUCUGGAACGUUUUUGCCUACAGCCUGCUGGACGUGCGGAUCCCGCCGGCGCCGUGAGCUGUCAUUAAAGAUGGCCGCCGGCUGGAUGGUUCACCUGAGCCUCAUCUGUUGGUGUGAGACGUCCCACAGCCUGCUACCAGUUCCACUAACGCUAGCCUUAGCAUUGAAGCUGCACUCCACCUGCUCCUGGUCUGUCUGCUGGCUGUUUCUGGGACUCUGGACGAUGCAACAUCAGCAAAGAAGAAGCCGCUGAUUUAACAGCAUUGCUUUACCUCUGCUGCCUAUAACUCCUCAGGUGCCUUCUCAUGAAGACAUCACCUGCUGAAAGUCUCUCUGCACAUCUGGCUCCUGGUCGGACUGCCGGCAGCUUCAGUCAUCCUGUUUUUGGAUCAUUUAUUAAAAUUCUUUUAAAUGGAAAAAAUGGUUUAAUCUUUAGAUAAACUUUCAGUGGAAACAGAUACUAAUAACAACAAGUCAGUCACCUUCAAAAGUUACUGUUCAGUAUUACCUUCAGAAUGCAAAUAAAGGCAUAAAGGAAUCAUUUAAAGGAAAAGUCGCUCAUAUUCAGAAUCCAAACUUCUGAAAGUUCUUUAAUCUGAAAUGAUUCCAUCCUGUUCAAUAAAUGAUCAGUGUUUUUAAUUCAGAGUCAUUUUCAUGUG